GAGACAAUUUGAUACAUGAUUUUUUUGUAUUUGCAGGUCUGCUUAAAAAAUUAUACUGGUGGUGAAAUGGAAAGUGAUCGACGAAUUAUGGUACUAAAAAAGGGAAUUAGUCUUAACUAUCAGCAUCACUGGAUCGUUGAUAAUAUGCCUGUUACUUGGUGCUACCCCUUGGAUAACGAUAAACAAUACUGUAGCACAGGCUUUCCUAUGGGUUGUUUUGUCCGGCCAGAUAGCGAUGAAGCGUGCCUUGUUAACCCUAAUUACAAUCGUCGCGGUUUUUAUUAUAUUUUUAAUCAUGUUGAUUUACGUAUCACAUACCAUGGUGAUCAACCUGAAAAUAGCGCCGGGUUCCGAGGAAAUGGUGGCCGAAUAAUAUCUGUUAAGAUAAUACCACGUUCAAUUAAUCACCUUAAUCCUUCGAAAAUAGAUUGCGAUAAUACGGACCCACUUGCUAUACAAAGUAACUCACUACGUCAUGGAGAGCAGUUUUCAAUUUCUUAUACAUAUAGCGUGCAAUUCAAUAUGGAUAAUUCGGUAAAAUGGUCAUCACGAUGGGACUAUAUUUUAGAAUCCAUGCCGCACACAAAUAUUCAGUGGUUCUCUAUCCUUAACUCUCUAAUAAUUGUGCUAUUUCUUUCGGGAAUGGUUGCAAUGAUAAUGUUACGGACACUGCAUAAGGAUAUUGCACGAUACAAUCAAAUGGAUAGUGGUGAAGAUGCGCAGGAAGAAUUCGGCUGGAAAUUAGUACACGGGGAUGUAUUUAGGCCACCGCGGAAAGGAAUGUUGCUAUCAAUUUUUCUUGGAUCUGGCGUUCAAGUUACGUUUAUGACCUUAAUCACAUUAGCAUUUGCUUGCUUGGGGUUUCUUUCACCUGCUAAUCGAGGAGCGCUUAUGACUUGUGCAAUGGUUUUAUUUGUCUCACUGGGCACACCAGCAGGAUAUGUCUCAGCAAGGAUUUAUAAGAGUUUUGGAGGAAUGAAAUGGAAAAGCAAUGUUAUUCUUACUUCAGUAGUAUGUCCUGGCGUGGUGUUUGGACUCUUUUUCGUAAUGAACUUAGUCCUUUGGCACGAAAGCAGCUCAGGAGCGGUUCCCUUUAGCACGCUAAUAGCCCUUCUAGGGCUGUGGUUUGGAGUAUCAGUGCCGUUAACUUUUGUGGGAGCUUAUUUGGGAUUUCGAAAACGGAUCUUGGAGCAUCCUGUUCGAACAAACCAAAUUCCACGACAAAUUCCGGAUCAAUCGAUUUACACACAACCAAUUCCAGGAAUAAUUAUGGGAGGCGUUUUACCAUUUGGAUGUAUUUUUAUUCAAUUAUUUUUUAUUCUUAGUUCUAUUUGGUCUAAUCAAAUGUAUUAUAUGUUUGGGUUUCUAUUCCUCGUUUUUCUAAUAUUGAUCAUAACCUGUUCCGAGACUACAGUUCUACUGUGUUAUUUUCAUCUUUGUGCGGAGGAUUAUCACUGGUGGUGGCGAUCGUUUUUAACAUCUGCAUUCACGGCUGUUUAUCUGUGCAUAUACUGUUGCCAUUACUUUUUUACUAAACUUUCGAUUAAGGAUGGAGCAUCUGUAUUCUUAUAUUUCGGCUAUACUUGCAUUAUGGUAUUUUUGUUUUUUUUACUUACCGGAACGAUAGGUUUUGUGGCUUGCUUUUUUUUUGUUCGUAAAAUAUAUAGCGUAGUUAAAGUUGAUUAAGGGUUCGUUUUAAUGAGGGGCCAAUGUAUUACGUUUAAAGCAGCAUAAUAUUCUCUGUAUAUAAAAUUUAAUGAUUUCUAUUCUCGAUUUCAUGGAUUCCUUUAAUAUAUGUAAUAUAUUACCAACAUGCUUAUAAAACA